UUUUUUUUUUUUCCUCUUCGUUGCCGGAGCAGAAAAACAAGGAUCCAAGAAAGAAAGAAAGAAAGAAAGAAAGAAAGAAAGAAAGAAAGGGAAAAAGAAAGAGAAAGAUAAAGAGAAAGAUAAAGGGAAACUGGGAAUUAAUUAGAAAUGGCUUUUCGGAGAAGAAACAAGAGCUACCCUUUCUUUAGUCAGGAGUUUUUAAUUCAGAACCACGCAGACAUUGUGUUUAGUUUAGUCAUCUUUAUUUUAAUUGGCCUGAUGUUUGAGGCAACAGCAAAAACAGCCAUUCUCUUUAUCCAGCCACAGUACAACAUCAGCACACUGACUGCAGAUGGAGAGCUGACUCUGUACCAUUAUGGAUGGAAAGACUGUGCCACCAUCCUCUUCUAUGUCUUCAUCACCAUCAUCCUCCACGCUGUGGUUCAGGAGUACAUCCUGGAUAAAGUAAACAGGCGUCUGCACCUUUCCAAGAGCAAGAACACUAAGUUUAACGAGUCUGGACAACUGUGUGUGUUCUACCUCGUCUCCAGUUUGUGGAGUCUAUAUGUUCUCGCUACUGAAGGUUACAUUCUGCACCCGAGCAGCCUUUGGGAGAACUACCCUCACGUCCACCUGAGGUUCCAAGUGAAGUUUUUCUAUCUGACCCAGUUGGCGUAUUGGCUCCACGCUGUGCCUGAGCUCUACUUCCAGAAAGUGCGCAAGGAAGAGAUCCCCCGUCAGCUGCAGUAUAUCUGCCUGUACCUGUCUCACAUCCUGGCAGCAUACCUGUUAAAUCUAACACGUGUAGGACUGGUGUUACUCUUCCUGCAGUACGUCUCUGAGACCGGUUUCCAUCUCUCCAGACUCAUCUACUUUAUCGACGAGACUCACCAUAAAAUGUUUGAUUUGUGGUCAGUGGGGUUUGUUUUGACACGUAUGGUGUCUUUGACCCUGAUGUUCUUGUCUGUGGGUUUUGGUUUGGCGCGAUCGGAGAACCAGACACUUGACUGGGAGGCUGGAAACUUCAACACCCUCGCUGUAAGGCUCUUGGUGUUGUUCCUGGUCUGUUCUACACAAUCUUGGCUGCUGUGGAAGUUUUUCUGUUUCCAGCUGAGGCGAACCCGUGAGUUCCGACUGGAACAAGCGAGAAAGAGAGCAGCAGCUAAACAACAGACUUCACGCACAGUCAAACGUGACCCAGCUGGUCACCAUGAGAACGGCGCGCUCAAGCUGGAGAACGGAACAUCACCUCGGCUGAAGAAGCUCAAGGCCCCUUAACCCCGCCCCUAUUUUUAUAACCCUGCCCCAUUUUUGUAAGGGACAAGAACAGGAAAUAAAUGGUCAGUUUCCUGUUCUGAUGAACAACAGACUGAGGGUGCUACAACAUUCCAUAGAAGACGUGCCAUCCAAAAGUGUUGGCCCCGUCGAGGGGAAAUAAUCCCCCAUGUUCCCUUUCUUUUUUUUCUUACCUAUUUCUUUUUUGUACAUCAAUAUCAGUAUUCUGUUCAUUUCUUUUCAAAUAAGCAUUAUUGCUAUCUCUCUCUCUUCUGCCACUUCGCACCAAUCCGCCGCUUCUUUACGUUCUAUCGUUCGAAAGCCAUGUUUUCUUUUUUUUAUGCUUUCUGAAUCAGUACUGUAUCAGCCAGCUCUGGGGAUCGUGAGCAAACAGGCCUGCUUCUGCCUGGGAAGGACAUCCAGAGUGCAGGUCACACACCACAUGGGAUGUUGUUGUUGUUGUUGUUGUUGUUUUUUGAAGGGGGGAUGGGGUGUCUUGCGUGUCGUGGCUUUUUCUCAAUCACAAUUAGGAAGUCAGAAAGUCUUUAAACCGUUCGUGAAACCGAUCUGGGGAAGAGAAUUAUGGGAUACGUACACAGAUGAGCAACACCGACUCUUAAAUAUGGACGAACUAAGAAGCCUCCCGAUUGACCUUCGUAUAAAAAAACGGAGCGAUGUGACGUUUUACUCAGGAACGCAGGCCGCGACCUUCACGGCACGAACGCUGAUCGACAGCACAGUAAAACAACGCAGCAUAGAAACGCUUUCCACCAAAAUCCAUUUAAAAGCCAGUUCUGUCAAUGAAUUAAUAAAUGAACAGCCAAAAAAGAAUGAAUUUAGUCACCGUGACAACAUCUUAAGUGUAAUUUAAAAAACAAACGAUUAAUUCGACAGUCGAGCAUCUACACACUUACAACGAAGAGAUUUGCCAUGUCGGGUGAUUAUUUUCCACCACAAGGGGGUGCAGUGCUGUGUGUACGGUCACACGUAACGCUGUGUGUACGGUCACACGUAACGCUGUGUGUACGGUCACACGUAACGCUGUGUGUACGGUCACACGUAACGCUGUGUGUACGGUCACACGUAACGCUGUGUGUGUACGGUCACACGUAACGCUGUGUGUGUACGGUCACACGUAACGCUGUGUGUGUACGGUCACACGUAACGCUGUGUGUGUACGGUCACACGUAACGCUGUGUGUGUACGGUCACACGUAACGCUGUGUGUGUACGGUCACACGUAACGCUGUGUGUGUACGGUCACACGUAACGCUGUGUGUGUACGGUCACACGUAACGCUGUGUGUGUACGGUCACACGUAACGCUGUGUGUGUACGGUCACACGUAACGCUGUGUGUGUACGGUCACACGUAACGCUGUGUGUGUACGGUCACACGUAACGCUGUGUGUGUACGGUCACACGUAACGCUGUGUGUGUACGGUCACACGUAACGCUGUGUGUGUACGGUCACACGUAACGCUGUGUGUACGGUCACACGUAACGCUGUGUGUACAGUCACAUGUAACAUCACAUCCCUGAGUUCUUUAUUAAUUUAUUACAGAACAGCUUGUCAUACAGUUCUUUUGUAUUAAAUGUUGUGGAACUUCCAUAAAAUGCGUUAGUUCCUGUUUACUCUGCGGUUCUGGUUCACCAGGUUCCCUUUUGUUUUCGCUCAAAGAUAAUAAUUAAAAAAAAAAAAAAGGACAAAAGAAAUGCAGCUAAAGAUGUUUUUCUGAGAAGCGUAAAUCUCAUAACGUCAUAACGGACUUCCUGAAAGCUUCUACAAAGCUCUGACACUGGAGACUCCUUCCUUAAGUGUUCAAUAACUGUAAAUGUUUAUGUGUAGCAUUUGUCAUACGCUGCUACUGCGCUACUGCUUUACACCUUCUGACCAAUCAGAAUUCAGCAGCGCAGUGACGCAAUCAGGUGGUAAUUCGGCUCGUCGGUCCGAUGCCAACGCAGGCUGGUUUGUGUCGGUGGAAAAGGGAACUCGCUUCCUCGGUCAUAUAAAGUGUUAAAAUGUAAGAUUUGUGGCACGCAAAGCAGACGACAUCCACGUCCACCCCUCCGUCAGGCGCCCUACUGUCGCGACAUCUGUAAGGAGCUGUGAGGGAGAACAACAUUGUGAAUAAUGUGUUUCUUUCGUGCAUGUGAUCCGGAUGAAUAAAUGCGUUCUUAUUUAAA